AUGUCCAGACACUCAGCGGCAACUCUGGAUGCUUUCCUGAAGAAAAUCAUGGAGAUUUCCCUGCGCAGUCCAAACGGCCAUCUGGACCUGAUGGUCCGCUUCCUGCAUGGCCUCUCUGUGGAGUCCAACCAGAAGCUGCUGGAUCGCCUGCUGGGUCGGGUCGCCUACAGUCCCGAGGCCAUCCAGAAGGUCAGCAACAACCUGAAGGAGAUGAACUGUGACAUUCCAAUCUUGCAGGUCUUUCCAGACAGGAGCAUCAACGUCUUCCACUGCCUGAUGGAGAUGAACGACCUCUCAGUUUUUCAGGAGAUCACUGAGUUCCUGAAAUCGCAGAACAGGUCGCAGAAGAAGCUCUCAGACAUCCAGUGCUCGGCUCUGGCCCACAUGCUGCAGAUGUCAGAGGAGGUUCUGGAGGAGUUUGAUCCAACCGAAUACAGCCCCGCAGACCAUGAUCAGAUGAUACUGAUCCCAGUCGUGAGGAACUGCAGGAGGUUCCGAAUCUCUACCUAUGAGCUGUCGAACCCUCAAUGUGAAGUCAUUGCCUCAGCGAUGAAGUCCAGCCCGUCCCACCUGAGGGAGCUGGACCUGAAGCGCAACAGAAUCUCAUCGGCUGGGAUCCUGUGCAGUGGACUGCAGAGUCCAAACUGUCAGCUGGAGGUUCUGAGACUCAAUAGCCUCUCAGACAUUGACUGUGGACUCAUGGCCUCGGCUCUGAGGUCCGGUCCCCCCCGUUUGAAGGAGCUGGACUUGGCAGACUGUGACCUUUCUGGUCCAGGAGCCCAGUUUGUGUGUGUCCCUCUGCAGAGUCCAGACCACCAACUCGAGGCCCUGAGUCUGGACUUCUGUGAGCUUUCAGACCAGGGUUAUGAGUCUGUGGCCUCAGCCCUGAUGAGCAGCCCCUCCUACCUGAAGAGGCUGGAGCUGAAUGGCCAAAGACCAGGGGACUUGGGAGUGGCCCUCCUGUCUGCUGGACUGGGGAGUCCCACCUGUGAGCUGCACACUCUCAGAAUGGACAAAUGUGACCUGUCAGAGGGCAGCUGUGUGCUUAUUGGCUCUGCUCUGGAGGCCAACCCCUCCCACCUGAGAUGGCUGAGCCUCAAGGACUGCAGGUUUGGUGGCUCUGCUGUGAAGCCAUUAGCUGGUUUUCUGAAGAGUCCCCGCUGUAAGCUGCAGACUCUGAGCCUCUACCACUGCGGCUUGUCAGGGACCAGCUUCUCCUUUCUGGUCUCUGCUCUGGUGUCCAACCCCUCCCACCUGCUGGAGAAACUGGACCUGAGCUGGAACAAGCUGCGAGACUCGGGAGUGAAGGAGCUGUGCGGCUUCCUGCAGAGCCCCCAGUGCGCUCUGCUCAUUCUGAGGCUGGAGAAGUGCCGCCUGACGGCCGUCAGCUGCUCUUUACUGGCCUUGGCUCUGCGGUCUGGCCCGGCCCGGCUGAAGGAACUGGACCUGAGCAACAACAAGCUGCAGGAUAGAGGAGUGAUGGAGCUGUGCGGCUUCCUGGGGGGUCCCAGCUGCAGGCUGCAGACUCUGAGCCUGGACCGCUGCUGCCUGUCAAAGACCAGCUGCGAUGCUCUGGCUUCCACACAGAGGUCCAACGUGGCCACCCUGAGGGAGCUGAGCCUUGACUUCAACAACCUCAAAAAGCAGGAUGUGGAGCGUUUGGUCCACCUUCAGAACAGUCCCAGCUCCAAACUGAAGAAUCUGAACUGGGAGCUGUGA